CAACUAGGCCUUUCAACUUUUCUUCCAGCCUUGUAUUGCCUCUCAACAUCUCUUUUAAGGCAUAAACCCACAUCUGUUGAAUAAAUUAAUAUACAGAUCAAUGCAGACUACAUUUUUUAUUGCCCAGUGUGGAGGCAAAUUGAUUGCUUACCACUGCAGAAAGAGUCAGAUAAAUGUAAAUGCUGGUUUCUAAUACUCUGAACUUUUGCAAGUAUUAGGCAAUGCUAUUGAAUUGAACCAGACUUCUUCCUAUGCAAUAUAUAUAUACAAUUACAGCCCUGAAUAUUUGGAUUAUAUAAGGGUGCCUUCAUUGACUGUUAUACUUGUGGAAAUUUGGUUUGCUCUUUUUUUUUUUUUUUUGCAAAAUGCAUUGACUUAAUGAGAUGCCCUUGACUUUACCUCCCAGUAAAUGUGUCCCUUUGUGGCCCAUACCAAAGCGACCCCUUUGAAAACCAGACUUCCUUGCAGGCUGAACCUUAGGCUGCGGUCUUACGCUUGUUUCCCCACAUAAACCCCGUCUCCAGCCAUGGGAAGGAAAUGAGUCGCCAGAUACUACUAGGAGGGGUUCAGCCAGACAAGAAUUCAAGCUGCCAGAGGAACUGGGUUUCAGAUGUAAAGGCACUUCGAAUUUUAAUGGGACCAGAUAUCCCAAACCGAUCCUCCCUCUCCCUCUUGGCAAGAAAGAAAGUGGAAGGGGAGAUAAAAACGACUUUGGUAGCCAUUUGUCACUUCUCUUGGCAAAGAGAGGCUUUCUCAGAAAUGCCUGAUGGAAAGCCGCUUCUUAGGGAAUUUAUCUAGCGGGGAAACGGGCUUGGCACGCAGUCACAUUCUUGCCAACUGACCUCUUGAACAUUAAAUAAGGCUGCAUUAAAUUAAUGUGGUUGAAUAUGUUCAAACUGAGGCCUACGGUGGUAUCUUUACACUCAGCAUGUUUUUGGAGUCCCAUAACAGCUUUUAGAUUUUUCCGUCCUCGACGUCACCUUCACUCCAAACAAUUCCGCCCACCAGGCUGUAUGGCCAUGUACCGGAAGCAUUCUCUCCUGAAGUUUCUCCUACAUCCUCAGAAGUUGUGAGGCUUGUUGGAAACUAAUCAAAUGGGGUUUCUAUAUCUGUGGAAGGUUCAGGGUGGGAGAAAUAACUCUUGUUUGUUGAAGGCAAGUGUGAAUGUUGCAAUUAAUUACCUUGAUUAGCAUUGAGAAGCCUUGCAGCCUCAAAGCCUGACUGAUUCCUGUCUGGGGGAAUCCUUUGUUGGGAGGUGUUAGUUGGCCCUGAUUGUUUAAUGUCUGAAAUUCUUCUGUUUUCAGACUGUUAUUGUCCUGUUUUUAAGGGGUUUUUUUUAAUAUUGGUAGCCAGAUUUUGUGCAUUUCAAUGGUUUCUCUGUGUAGUUGUUAGAGUGGUUGUUAGAGUGGUCCAUCUCCACCUCUCUCUCUCUCUCCCUCCCUCCCUCCCUCUCUCUCUUUGUUGCCUCUCAAUUUGCCCACGUCAGACAUAUAAAGCCUGGUUUAAUUAGCAUACAAAGUAACAUCCCCUUGAUUAACAAUUCGGUACCUUUGGGUUCUUCCUGGAAAUAGCCAGGGAAUAAAUCACGCUUCUUCAGCUGGAGGGGAACAUAAAAAAAGAAGGAAAAAGUGAAUCCAUCCUUCCAUCUAGCUGCAGGCUGCUGCGCUCUUAUGGUUUAUUUAUCCCUGUCUUGCUUUUAUUUGUAAUUUUAACUUUUUGAAAAGCCCAGGUUCAUAAAACAGUGCAAACGACUCUAUUAACGUAGUUAUGAUAUUUGUCUUGGACCAAUAAAGGGAUUUAAAAAAAAUGAUAUUUUCCACUAAGGCAACUUGCUAGGAAGUUUUAAACUCGCUCGUCCCCCUUGGAAGGCCCAGUUAAGGGGAAAAGAUUUCCACGGGGUCCAAAUCUUUGGCACAAUUGUGGUUUGCCCUUAUUGAGCAACCCCCCCCCCCUUCCCCGCCUUCUUCCCUCUCCAAGCAGGGCUCGUCGUGUUGGCAGGGGCCGAAUGAAAGAGCAGUGAUUUCUCAUCCUGUGCCCCUGCAUUAAUAGUCUUAAGCAACGCUAUAAAGCCCUGGUUAAUGUCCGAGACACAUUGUUAAGUGUUUAAAAUGUGGCCGCUGCACACAAUGCACGCCAAAGUAGUUUAGUUGCUCCAGAAUUGACCAUUAUCUUUUAUAGUUAAGAAUCAAGUGCACAUUAUUAGUUUUACUUCAGUGGCUUUGACGAGGCGAGUUGAAGUUGGCUGGGCUUGGCCUUGUUAGCGAUUCAAGAAAGAGCCCCGGAGCUCCUCCUAAACCGAUCCCAAGCCAACCCCAGGCGUCUUCCUCUUUCUCUCUUCCUGCUUCGUCUUCUUACCAUUGACCUCACCAGGCUUUGGAUCAGACCCGGAGUGCCUUGACCAUCAAAGCCAGGCGCAUUGCCUCCAUAAACGCAACAAUAAAAGGGAGCCUCACUCAGGGAGGAAUGGCUGCUGCCUUUUUGCCCUGCACAUUGGCUCCAAGGCACCGCGGGGGCUCAUAAAAGCCACCCCCUCCUCAUGGCAGAGGUAUUUAUUUUGAGUCGAAAACGCCUCCGAGGAAGGAAGGAUUUUAAACCUGUUUUUGGAGCCUAGUUUGCUGGGCCUACCCCUUUCUCUCCUCGAGUUUUCUUCUGCAACUUAAGAAAAUUAGGUCGGAGCAAAGAUCCAACUGAUCUCUCUUCCUGCAUCUCAGCACAAUGUGGCUGGAAAGUGGACAAGUAGGGGUCCACCCUGUAUGCUUAUUUGCCUUUUAUGGUGGCCCCAUGAAUCUCUUAGAGGUUUUUUUUAAGGCAAGGAAGAAUCAUAUUGGGAAUGACUGCACCCACUCUCCGGGGCAAUAACUUUUUGGAAAUAAAUGACAAUCAUAACCUUAUUGAAAAGGGGGAAAAGAUGUUACAUCCUCUGGCAAAUGUAAAUCCCCAUUAACAUGUGGAGACCACCUUUUGAAAACCACUAGUCAAUAAAAGGAUGGUCUUGUUAGAAGUCAACUCUUUGAGUAAGUGAUAUUCACAAACAUUAAUAUAAGCACACUGAUAAACUGAGAAACCAUGUCUUCGGACUGCCAAGGGCAAAGACAUGCCACUACGAAAAUAUAUUUGGUUGUUUCUUUGAAGUUGCAGUUGUAAUUGGAAUUGCAGUUGCCCAAAAUAUAUACACUCCCUGAAAACCUCUUAGUUUAAAAUAUGCACCCAGAGAUUUAAAAAACCAAGACUUCUUUGAAAAAUAGCAUAUUUUGUUUAUUCAUAAACAUCUUGGAUUAAUUCACUAUACAGGCACAUUUCUUAUUAAAGUUCAGUUAUGGAAAGGAUGUAGCUUCUCUCUGUGUUGAGUACACAAGGUAUCAUUCUUAAUUAAUAGUCCAUUGUCUUUAAGUAUAAUUGUAUUCACUGAAGUCCAUAAGCAUACAUCUCUAUUGAAGUCCUAACAUCAACAUGCAUUCAUCUCCACCAAGGUGUAAAGCUAACUCAAAUAACAAAAUGGAGUCCUGAGUCUGAACAUGCUCAGUACAAUCACAUGUCUAUAACUCCUCCUACACCAAAGAGGUACAAUCAAACUGGCAAAUCAACAUACACAUAGAAUACAGGUUAGCAAAUAUAUACAUCAAUAAACAAAGAGUGAAAGGCUUAGGAGGUUACUAGUUCUUUACUCUGCAAUACAGCCUAGCGUUCAAAAUCAUACAGCAUCUGAUGCCUUUAGGAUAUUUAAGCAUUGAGUGAUUGUCCACAAUAUUCACUAAUGUUUGUGUGCCUGUUGAUAUGGGAAAUAUAGGUCCACAGCAAGGGAUGGCAGACCUCUGUGCAUAUGCAUCUUUGUGUAUAUAUAUUUCUAGAUUAUCUAUAUAUCACAUUGGAUGCAGUCAUUCUAGUCUUUGUCUGCCUCGCUUUCCAGUUCUUCCGCUGCUUUGUUUUAAAGGCCUUUCCAGUUUCUAUAAAUUCGCAUUUUAUUUCGCUUAGGGGCGAUUUCAUAGACAUUUGGAGUGACCUUCUUGCCUCAAUUUCUUUGCCUCAGGCCAAGAAUAUCACCCAGAGGGCUGUUGCUGCUGCUAAUACUUUCCACCAAGGUUUUUAAAAUUGGUCUCUCAUUUCACGUUGUCUUGCUAAACAUAAACAUCCCACCGAAGAGAUGUUUGGUUCUAUCUAAUCCUUGUUCAGGCAGGCCGCUGAGGCGCUGAACCCCUUUUGUGGGCGGGAACCCCAAUUUCAUUAUAUUUAAAUCUGUAUUUAUCACGCUAAGCCUACUGAUAAUAGGGGUUCUAUGUCCUCGCCCGUAAAAGGGCUCCUUAUAUGGUAUUCAUUUUCAUGGAAGCGAUAUGGGCCUCGAAGGAAUCUGAUAAGAGCUUGUUCUCCACACAUUAACACAUUGUAAGGUAAGUCGAGCUGAGGAAGUACAAACAGUGUAACCAAAGAUUGGGGGGAGAGAGAAAAAGAAAGAUUUCCACAGGCUGCUGAAACUUGAUUUCCAUCUGGUUGGAUCUAAUAUUAAAUUCAGUUAGACACCGAAAGGUUGGACCAAUCUUGGGGUAGAAAUCUUGGCUGGUAGUGGAGGGAGUGAGAAGGCAAUAGGCGGGGAGUUUGCAGGCCUGUUUAUGUCUAGGGUGGGGUGGGCCUUUCUGUAAAGGUUUUAUGGAGGCCAUACCAAGUUUCAGCAACUUCUUCCAGUCUUCUCAACUUCCGACAGCCAGGAAAUUCCGGAGAGCUGCUCUGUUUUAAUAUCCCUGAGAUGGAAGUGUGUGGCUGAUGGGGAAACCCCAAAAGUUUUUUUUCCCCCUGAUGUCUUCUGCACACCUCAAAAGGGUGUAUUUAAAACAGGAGGGGAUUUUUUUCUUCAAAGGCAACCAUAUUAUUUGAGAACAUAGAAAUGCUGGACCACUCUAACAACCAUCCUAUCAGACUACACAAAGAAGUCAUUGAAAUCCAUAAGCAUGUGGACAAUUUCAACGAGGAAACCAUGAAAAUGAACAAAAUCUGACUACCAGUAUUUAAAAAAACCUCUAAAAUCAGGACAAUAAAUAAAGAAUACCACUCAGAAAACAGAGGAAUUCCAGAUAUGGAUCAAUCAGGGUCAACUAACACCUCCCAACAAAGGAUUCCCCCAGGCAGGAAGCAGCCAGAUCUUGAAGCUGAAAUGUUAUUCAUUGCUAAUCAAGGUGGCCAAUUGAAAUAUUCACGUCUGCUCCAAUAGACAAGUUCUAUCUCCUACCCUGGACCUUUCACAGAUAUAUAAACCCACGUGACUAGUUUCCAACAUACCUUAUUACCUCUGAGGAUGCCUGCCAUAGAUGCCUGUGGCACGUCAGGAGAGAAUGCUUCUGGAGCAUGGCCGGAAAAGUCACAGCAACCCAGUGAUUCUGGCCGUUAAGGACUUCGAGGACACAUUGUUUCUCCUAAUUCGUUUUCUAGGAUAGGAACUCUGUAGGAAAGCCAGGGGUCAACCCUGGUCUGGCCUGAGAUGGACCAUUUUCACCCAUUUAGACUUGAGCAGAAGUGAAGCUACUGCCUCGCUUCGCCUCCCCAGCUCCUUGGCAUCCUCAGCGCUUUUGAGGACUUUAUGGACGAGGACCCGGGUGCCAAAAAGGAGAGAUUUACUACACAAUAUGGAGUUCUUCUAAAGGAUAUUCGUCCUCUCUUGGGAACAGAGACUGUCAACUAGUUCAGUAUUACCAGCGGUAGGGGUGGUUUGGAACGAGAGUGGCUAAACAUGAAUUAGAAAGUUGUUUUUUUAUGUUAUUAUUUUCUAUUUUUUAAAUUAACCAUUCCAAAAGGCGCCAUUAUCGCCUCGACCCAUUUGGUCCGAUUUCAACCGAUUUCUGGCAAAACAAACAGGAGGGAAACUGGAGCCUUGAUUCCUUCAAUCUCUCUGCAUCUCUCCCCUUUGUUUCAUUGCUAUCACCUUGGCCGAAAUUACAUACUGACUAGCAGAGGAUUUUUUAACUAAAUAUAAUAUUUUAUCGGUGAGGGGAGCUUGCCAAUGACUCGGAAGGGAUCGAAUGAAAAUAUUUAAAAAUCUGCAGAUUCCACGUCCGUUCCAUCCAAUAGGUGGGGAGAGAAAACAAGGAUAGAAAACCCCGGUUAGAUUCUCCUUUUUCUAUCCUACAUUAUUAUGAAAUAGAUUACAACUCUUGCUUUGAGCGAAAUAGAGAUUACAGCCCAGAAAACUCACAGCAACCCAUUACAAAUUUAGCUCACAGAUUUCUUUUGACAAAAAGGUCAGCCUUCCCUCCUGAAACUGGAAUCCCAGCGAUUUCCCUUUCGCCGUCUUCCAGAGGAAGUCUUGGCCCUACUCUGCUGGGACUGGUAUACCAAGACAGCACCAGCCAUGAGUAUGAUCUUCAUUACAGUAGUUGACUUCUCAAGGAGCCUGGCUGACUUUAUGAUGUCCGUAAACCUUGGCUGCUGGGGAGAAGGUCAGGUUUGGUUUGGAACUUCCCAGUAUCCAAUCAGACAUAAUCACCACUCCAUCAUCCUCCUAACAGGAAAGUAGGGAAGCAUGGAAGUAUCCCGCCGCCUCUCCCGUCAAUACCGGGGCUUGGUUGCAUUAUUAAUCUCAUCUCUCUGCAAGGAGAUGGCGAAAGAGUUGCUGUUGGGGCUACUGGGAUAUGCUGGGGCUGGGAAGGGCCCGAAGGAGGAACGGGGUGUUAAAAGGGUCGCUUAGGGAUCACUUGAUGAGUCAAACAUGUCAUAAUAACACUAAUGUUCCUUUACCGUUUUCUAUGAGCACAUAUGUUAAAAAGUAUAUGAAUGGUUUUGUCCAAGGCUUUCAUGGCCGGAAUCACUGUGUUGCUGUGAGUUUUCUGGUGUGUAUGGCCAUGUUCCAGAAGCAUUCUUUCCUGAUGUUUUGCCUUUCCUGAUGUUUCUAUGGCAGGCAUCCUCAGAGGUUGUGAGUUUUGUUGGAAACUAGGCAAGUGAGCUUUAUGUAUCUGUGGAAUAUUCAGAGUGGGAGAAAGAACUCUCGUCUGCUUGAGGCAGGUGUGAAUGUUGCAACUGGCCACUUUGAAUUAGCAUUGAAUAGCCUUUCAGCUUCAAGGUCUGGCUGCUUCCUGGGGGGAUCCUUUGUUGGGAGGUGUUAGCUGGCCCUCAUUGUUUCUUGUCUGGAAUUCCUCUAUUUACUGAGUGUUGUUCUUUAUUUACGGUGUCUUGAUUUUAGAGUCUUUAAUACCUCUUUUCUGUUGAAAUUGUCCUGGUGGUUGUGGAUUUCAAUGGCUUCUCUGUGUAGUCUGACAUGGUGGUUGUUAGAGUGGUUCAGCAUUUCUGUGUUCUCAAAUAAUAUACUGUGUCCAGGCUGGUUCAUCAAGUGCUCUGCUAUGGCUGACUUCUUUGGUUGAGUUAGCCUGCAAUGCCUUUCAUGUUCCUUGAUUCGGGUUUGGUGGUCCCUAUGUAGACUGCAUUGUCUACAGCUGCAUUGUAUACAUGUACUUCUGCAGAGGUGAGAGAAUCCCUCUUGUCCUUUGCUGAACGUAGCAUUGUUGGAUUUUCUCAGUGGAUCUGUAAACAGUUUGUAGGUUGUGUUUCUUCAUCAGCUUCCCUGUGUGAUCAGUGGUUCCCUUGAUGUAUGGUAAGAACAUUGGUUGUCUAUUGUUUUUCUCCCUCCUGGCCUCCUCACCCCCAUAUGCAUAACCCCCUCCCUCGUUUGCAACAUCGAUUUUACUCUCUCUCACACACAUAUAAAUAUAUUUAUAUAUAUAUCUCAAGGAAAUUCAGAAGUGGACCGGAGGAGCCGCUCAGUGCCUACGAAACCAAACGGGGAGGGGUUGUGAGCCAGGGCCGGGUUUCCAUUGGCUGCGGGCCCUUGCCGAGGCGCGGGGGUAUCUCGAAUCCUAUCCAGCAUGUUUUGCACAAGAAAUGUCAGCCAGAAAGGGCUAUCUGCUCUCCUCGCCCAAUUGUCCCGCGGCCAUGGCGUGCUCCUCGGAGAGCCCCGCUGCCAGCUCCUUCCUGGUGGACUCCUUGAUCAGCUCGGCUUCGGGAAGAAGGGACGGCGGAGGAGGAGGAGGCGGUGGAGAAGGAGGAGGCGGUGAUGGAGGAGGAGGCGGAGGCGGCGGCGGCUACUAUCCCAACAACAGCGGCGUCUACCUGCCUCAGAGCUCCGAGCUGCCCUACGGCUUGCAGAACUACGGCCUUUUCCCGGUCCUGAGCAAGCGCCAGGAGCAAGGCCCUCCCCCCAGCAUGGCCCCGUCCUCCCACCAGUACAUGCCGGGCAUGGACGCCUGGCUCGACGGCCCCAGGUCAUGCCGCCUGGAAGAACCACAGAGCCCGCAAGCCACUUCCUGCGCCUUCGCUCCCAGCAUCAAGGAGGAGAGUUCCUACUGUCUCUACGACUCGGACAAGGGCCCCAAGGAGGCGGCGGCCACCGACCUGUCCACCUUCCCGAGGCUCAGCUCGGAGGUCUGUGCCAUGAACAACGGGGUGCCCGUGCCAGGCUACUUCCGCCUGUCCCAAGCCUAUGGCGCCGCUAAGAGCACCAACAGCACCUCUUCCUCCUCCUCUUCCUCCUCCACCUGCAGCAGCGGCUACAACAGCAACCACCACCACCAUCCGCACCAGCACCAUCGCCAAAUGGUUGCCGAGUCCCCUUUCGCCCCGCAGCCUCCAGGGCGCUUUGAGAGCCCCCCGGUCUUGCCUCCCUCGCUGUCAGUCCCGGAUCAAGGCCGAAAAGAAGGCGAAGAGCCCUCCCCGCCCAGCACUUUGGCUUGCGUUUCCCAAACUGGGGAGGAAGAAGGCCAGGCGUCUUGCUCCUCGGCUGCGGAAGAACUCUCCCCGGCGCCUUCCGAGAGCAACAAGACCUCCCCAGAGAAAGGGGCCUUAGGCAGCUCCAAAGGGGAGCAGGCAGCCAACUGGCUGACGGCGAAAAGUGGCCGCAAGAAGCGCUGCCCUUACACCAAGCACCAAACCCUGGAGCUGGAGAAGGAGUUCCUCUUCAACAUGUACCUGACUCGCGAGCGUCGCCUAGAGAUCAGCCGCUCCGUCCACCUCACGGACAGACAGGUCAAAAUCUGGUUUCAGAACCGCCGGAUGAAACUCAAGAAAAUGAACCGAGAGAACCGGAUUCGGGAGCUCACAGCCAACUUCAAUUUCUCCUGAUGGACCCUCCAAGGCGCGCCUGGAUGAGCACCAGGACCAUGUCCCGCCCUAGCCCAACACUUCCCCGGGCAGGCUUGAAAGCUGCUAGCACCUCCGUGGAUUUGAACCUCGCCAUCACAUUCCCAGCCUCUCCAUUGCCUGAUCGUGGUAGAUUAUUAUUAUUAUUUGGUCGGGAUAAAGCCAUAAAAAACAGUGCUCGCUAUGGGAUUUUUUCAGACACCGAGAUGUCCACUGGUCUUUCAGAAAAGUGAGCCAAGCUUAUAUGGUGGCAUAAGUCCACCGCCUUCUCUCUGUGUUAUGUCUCACAUCUACAUAAUCCCUUGGAAAAGGAAAGCAGGACCAGGAUCCCUCCAGCUAUUUCCCAAGACAGAUAAAUAUCAAAACCUUUGUGUGUAUGUAUGCAGACAGAUGAUUCUCUUUGUCACCAAGAUGAGCUCAGGAUGUUUGUUCAUUCAAUUUGAGGCUGAGAGUAUGCCACUCCCACGAAAGAAGGAGCUCAGCAAACAUUAAUUCUUGUCACUGUAUCACAACAGACUGCAUCUUUUCGAUGUGGCCAUAGUCAAUGCCUAAUACGAUCCUUCUGGUUUUGGUUUUUGCUUCUCUUCGCCUCCUCUUUUGUGCAAAAAAAUACCCAGACGCUGUGCAAAGCAAACAAACAAACAGUCUGGUUGUCACUUGGGGUCAAGACUGUGUGUCAUUUGUCUCUGUGUUCGUCUGUCUCUCACCUCUCUAAAAUUUAGUAUCACAGUUUUCAGAGUUUCCGUAGGGGAGGGGGAGCAGUGGAGGAGCAAGAUCUCUAUUUUCCCCACCCUGUUUGAAAGCUAGGAAAGGUUUUGUCUUCAUUACUGGACAAAUCACUACAAAAUCUGGCUGUAAGGAAUGACUUAAUGGUAGAUUUUGCUUUGGAUACCUCGGGUGUUUCUAGGUAUCCUUGACAAGCACAUUAUUAGCAAAAAAAGAGAACAAAAAAAAUCCCUCCUACUUUUGGAGGAAAAAUAAUAGUUAUGUUGCUCAAUUCAUCCAAAGGAUAAAAGCCUAUCCUUCUAUGUAUAUUACUCCUCGGAAUGGUUUCCUGAUUGUAUGAAAAGAGAGGUGAUGUCGUAUUUCUUUGAUACUGUGAAGUGACAUGCAUUGCAAAGGUCAAGCGUGUAGUGCAAAAGGAAGAAAUAAUAAUAAUAGUAAUAGUAAUAAUAAGAAUAAUCUAUGAAUACAGAUGUGUAUAAAUUUCUAUAAAUAUUAAUAUUAUUAAUAAUAUUAUUAUUAAAAUGCCAACACGGAUGGAAACCAAGUAUUCUUGUCAUUAUCCAGAAUGUUAGUUCUCGUCCUUACUUUCCAAAAUUGAAAUGGUCAAAGCUGCUGUGCGUGGGGCUAAAAGGAAAACAGAACACAGGCGCUGUUUAUGUUUUCUUGGAAGAAUAAAAAAAAUGGAAUGAA